CAUCAACCUCCCUCUCCAGUCCUCGUUCGAGAUCACCAAUGCCUGAUCUUCCAUCCCACCCCUCCAAUCCCACCAACUCGACUCCAACCUCCUCCUCCUCUACAAACACACCUGCAACAAUGACCCCUCCCCCUCCCAAACGCCAAAAGCGCGACGAGUACCGCAAACACGCCGCCGAAGCCGCCUCCGCGAAACCGGACGGAGAGACCACCGCCAUCGCCCAUGUCAAACUCCCCAAGAAGAAGUUCUACCGGCAACGGGCGCAUGCGAAUCCGUUCUCGGAUCAUCAGUUGAAUUAUCCUGUCACACCGGCGCAUAUGGACUGGGCGUCGCACUUCCCGGCUUUUGUGAACCCGGACCCCGCGCAAACGAACCUGAUCGGAACGAGGAAGUUGUUGAAGGAUGUUGAGGUUGUGGAUAUUGGAUGUGGGUUUGGGGGGUUGCUUGUUGGGCUUGCGGGGUUGUUGCCGGAGACUUUGAUGGUUGGCAUGGAAAUCCGUGUCUCCGUCCUCGACUACCUAACCACGCGGAUCCAAGCUCUCCGCACCCAGCAACAACAAAAGGCGCAGUCGCAGUCGCAAUCACAACCCGCCUCCUCCACCUCCACCCCAGCUCCCACCACUGAUGCCGAUGCCGAUGCCGAUACUCCCUCCGAAGCAGCCCCGGCCAUCCCCGACCCGACCGCCAACACCGCUCUCGUCCCGGGAGGCUACCAAAAUAUCACCGCCAUCCGCAGCAACACGAUGAAGUUCUUCCCGAAUUUCUUCAAGAAGCAGCAGCUGUCGAAGAUCUUUAUCUGUUUCCCGGAUCCGCAUUUCAAGGCGAGGAAGCACAAGGCGCGCAUUAUCUCGGAGACUUUGAAUGCCGAGUAUGCGUAUGCGCUGCGGCCCGGCGGCUUGCUGUAUACCAUUACCGAUGUGGAGGAGUAUCAUCAUUGGAUCUUGAGGCAUUUCCGCGACGAGUCUACGGUGGAGGAUGAAGCGAAUGGGGCCGGGACUGUGAAGGAGUUGUUUGAGCGGGUGUCUGAGGAGGAGUUGGAGAAGGAUGACUGUGUCAAGGUCAUGAUGGAGGCCACGGAGGAGGGAAAGAAGGUGACGAGAAACAAGGGGAACAAGUAUGUGGCUGUGUUUAGGAGGAAGCAGGACCCUGAGUGGGCUUGAUAUCCUCCUGUUACAUUUGGGGUUGGAGUCUAUAACGUGGUAGUCUUUCUUGAGAUAAAAGUUAGAUUUGCAUAUAUACGGUGC